GCGCGGUUGCGCUGGUGGCGGUGCCGGCCGCCAUGGACCGAAACCCGUCGCCGCCCUGCAGCGAGGCGGGGGAGGAGGAGGAGGGCGACGCGGUGGGGAGCACUGUGUACAGCAAGCACUGGCUGUUCAGCAUCCUCACCCGCCUCAUCGAGGUGAUCCGCCCCGAGGGCGCCCAGGCCGAGCUGGACGAGGAGAUGGAGAAUGACAUCUGCAAAGUGUGGGACAUGUCGAUGGACGAGGAUGUUGCUCUGUUUCUUCAGGAGUUCAACGCCCCUGAUAUAUUCAUGGGAGUUUUUGCCAAGUCAAAAUGCCCUCGCCUUACUGAGAUCUGUGUGGGAAUAUUAGGAAAUAUGGCCUGUUUCCAAGACAUAUGCAUGUCAAUUAGUAAAGAUGAGAACCUUGGCCAAGUACUACUGCAACGUUUGUGUGAUUCAGACUCUCCAACUCUUCUGGAAACAAGCAGGUUGUUGUUAACCUGCCUCUCCCAGCCUGAGGUGGCCAGUGUCUGGGUUGAGAGAAUCCGAGAAAACCCUUCGGUGUAUGACUGUGUUUGCUUUAUCAUGUCCAGCUCUACAAAUGUUGAAUUACUGGUAAAAGUGGGUGAAGUGGUGGACAAGCUGUUUGACCUAGAUGAAGAGCUGAUGUUAAACUGGGUCAAAAAUGGCACUUGUCGGUCUGUGGGACCGUCUGGAGAUGAUUCCCCUGAAGAACUUCCAGAUUUUAAGAUUGUGCCUUGUAUACUUGAAGCAGCCAAACAAGUCCGAUCAGAUAAUCCAGAAGGACUUGAUGUUUAUAUGCAUAUUUUGCAGCUGCUGACCACGGUGGAUGAGGGUGUUCAGGCUAUCGUGCAGGCUCCUGAUGGAGGAAAAGAGACUUGGAGUUUGCUUUAUGACCUUGUUUGCCAUGAGCUUUGCCAGCCAGACGAUCUACCGAUUAUUGUGCAGGAACAGAAGACUGUAUUGGCCUCUAUUUUGUCUGUGCUGUCUGCUAUGUUUGCUUCACAGACAGAACAAGAAUACACCAAGAUGAGGAAAAAUAUGCCUCUGAUUGGGAGCUUGAUUCGUAUCUUGCAAUACAUGGAGGGCUGUGGGAAGAGAUCUGUUGAUAACUCAAAUGAGUCUGAACAGCAAGAGGCUGGAAGGGCUGAUGUAAAUGAGGAAGAUUUCCAUUUAAAAAUUUUGAAGGAUAUUUGCUGUGAAUUACUUUCCAAUAUGCUUCAAGAACUGACCAAGGAGAAUACUUUAGAAGGACUACACCAGGGACAUUUAAAUGAACAGACAUGUUCCUGUGCAUUUCAGAACUUAUUACCUCUGUAUUUUGCAUCGGUGGAGAGUUUCCUAGAAGUUCUGCGUGAAGCUGAUCAGACACUUGCUGACACUCUAGAAAAACGUUUCCCAAGCCUGAAAGUUCAUACCUAAGAAUGUGACUGAAAUACUUUCUGUCUUUGGAAUGAAGAUUUUUUACUAUUUCAUUACAAUAUUUCAGACACCAAGUUUUCAGUAAAUACAGGAGAAUGAGGCAACCUCCUUACCAACAGGUCGCUUUUAAGAAAUGUUCAAAGUAGCCUUGAUUAACCCAGGGUUAAUCAGGUCUGCAUGUGAACAAAAUGACUGUCAAUUCAGUUCUUCAUCUUCCAUCAUAUUUGCUCUGGUGAUGAGACUGUGGAUUUCUGAUUGAUCUUCUGCGGCACAGUGUUCUUUGAAUAACUCUUGAUUCUCUUUUUUUCAGUUGAAGUUGAAACAGCAAAAUUAAUGAAAUGCACUGAGGAGCUGUUUAACAUGAUGCUGGUUUCUUCCAUGUUGCUUUUGGCAGAAGUAGGAUUGAUCAGUAGGAAAACCCAGAUGUUGUCUGCUGAGGACCUUCAAGCACCUGAUAAAAACAGAAUUAAAUUACACAGAAUUGGGUUUUUGUUUUUUUUUUGGUUUUGGUUUGUUUUGUUGUGGGUUUUUUUUUCCUCUUUUAGAUUUUAUCAGUACCUUGAGCAGGUAUCGUAACAAACGUUUCAUCCUGCUUCUUUAAAAUCAUCACUCUUCUUACGUUGAAGGCUCUUCUACGCUGCAGCUCUGAGUUGUGGCAUCUAGGUCCUGUGCAGUUUAAAGGAUUUGAGAAGAUGGUUACUGGUGGUCUCUGCUGCAGCUUUCAACUAUUGCAGCCAGUUACCCAGAAUUAGAGUUGCAGGGCAGCUUUGGGUUUAAUCCAUUACAUACUUGCCAACUUUCUGCUUGUUCAAAUCAGUCUAUACUUCAUUUUAGGAAUGUAACAGUUCUUUUCUUAUUCAUGUCUUAUGAUUUAUCUGUGAAUUAUAUUUAAAAUGUCCUAUUAGCCUCAAGUUUUUGGUGGACCUUAAGGUCACUUGCAGUAAAUUCAGUCUACAAUCUUCUAAAAAUCCCACUUUCAGUUACGUUUUAACUGCAUUACAUUUUUAGAUCAGUUGCCUUUGUGCAGUUCAGUGUGUCUGAAAAGGCAGCAUAGCAACACAUCAGCCUCAGUCCUUCUAUAAAUGAGAGUGGAAAACAGUUAAUCUUUGUUAGGUUUGGGAUGUAAGAGAAAAUGGAAACCAGUGCAUAGAGAAUAAUUUAGUACCAUAUACACACAUUGCCUGGCUCUCCAGGUCUUAUGGAUGUUAAGUAUUGUGCUGGGCCAUGUUUUGUUUGCCCUGAGUUACCUGUACAUGUGGUAAAAUACAGUUUGUGUAUAUGUAUAUAGCCUUUUCAUCCAAACUUCCAGUUUUCAAAGAGUGCAGUUGAGUCAUUCCCUUGGGCUGCCAGCAGCAUCUUAGUUGUUGGCAGGGGAUUCAGAAUCACAAAGGUCUGAUUUGUGUCACUAAAAUGAAUGGCCAUGGUUUCUAUCAGUUUUUGUAUGCUAAUGUUUAUUGGAGAAAACUGGUAACUGUGAAUAGGAUGACAGCAUUUUUCAUACUACUUUGACAGUUUUUGGCUAUUUUCUUAAACCUACAGAUUUGUAAUAAAGUUUCUUUUUUAUAAAAAAAACCCUGUAUGCUUUUAUUUAAGUGUUCAAAUUUGGUUUUUGAGCAACUGGAAAUUUCUGUUACUCUCAAGUGUGUAAUUUGUAAGAGGAAAAUUGAACCUCUUGGUACUGUCGGUGUCCUGUACAAUAGGUUCCCCUUCAUGGGAUUUUCAUUUUAACUCUUACUUUCUUUGCUUAGUUGUUUAUGUGGUCUGGAAGUUAAUGUCUUUCUCAUCCAGUUAACAUUUUUUUCAGCUUAGUUUGUCCCUAGGUGCACCAUAAAUAUGAUAGCCCACCGUAGUUAAGACUUAUUUCUGGCUUGUGUCCUAAAAUUUGUUGUAAUUGUUGAAGUUUUGUCAUAGUUGUUGAAUGUAAUGUACAAAAAAACUGAGGCAGUAUCUGUUGUUUUAUUUUGUUCCUGCUUUUCAAUGCACAAGCGUCCAGUAUUGACUGGAUUAAUUGUUAAAUGUGGUAUCAUUAAUUACAAAGAGUAGGUGAAAUAUAUAAUUUUUGAGAAAUAACUGUUGCC